AUGUACGGCCAACCACCCCAGUCCGACUCUUCACAGCCAGAAUGGCGACUCUCCCCACGCCCCGCCAGGAAUGAUGCGCCUUUACCUCCACCACCUCCACGACCAACCAGCGCAGUCUAUACGCCAGCUACUUAUGGCCCGAUCUCAGGUUCAAACACAGUAUCGCCAAUAACUCCUCAUUCUGGGUCAGGUAAUGACCCAAGGACGUGGGGGGUGCGAUAUAAUAAUCAACAUCAGCACAUCCACCCCAUUCAUGCCCCGCCUCCACUGCCGCCUCGGCCAUCGAGUACAAACGAACAACCCUAUGCCUAUACUUAUGCCCAACCAUUCACUCCGUCACCACCACCCGCGCCUGCGCCCGCUGCCGCACCAGCUCCAGCUCCGGUCAUCAACACCCACUCCGCGCCUACAGCACAUGGCUACGAAUCUUUUGGAGAUGCCCAGCCCCCAUCGACAACUAGCUACAUCCCACCACCAUAUACACCUUCACAUGGAGCCCCUGCCCCUGUUGUUCCGGCCCCACCCCCGAAAAUUCCUCAGGGGUAUCAGUAUGCACCAGUUCAUCCGCAUAACCCAACAGGGCAGCCCCCAUUGCUUGCCCAGGGUGCGGGUCCUGCUGCCACGCAAGAUUCUUACGAGUUACGGCCCCAAAGGAUGAUGAGUAUAGCUCCUCAAACAAGCUCAUCGGCCUUGGGGCCCGGCACCCCAUCUGAUUGGGAACACCUUGGUCCAACUCCUGGUGAUUUUGACGAUUCCGCAUGGUUCCCACCCAGACAACCAGAACCAAUCCCACAAGAGGUGAUUCAAACCCCUCCGGGUUAUUCGUCCGGUAUACCUACUCCCGGUCCUACUCCUGCACCUGCGGCCGACCGGGAGAGUCAUGCCACUGGUUCGCUCCCACAUGUAGAUACCAAUUAUCAGUAUCAGCAUCGAUACCAGAACCAGGCUGCCCCACCAGCGGAAUAUCAAUCUGAUCACGCGCGCCGACAUGACUCGGUUUCGCCGAUUAGUCCUAUGACUAUGCUGAGUGCUCAGAGUCCCCCACAUCCUCCAGCCCGAAUGGGCAGUACCAGCUCAGGCGCAUCCAUGAGAAGCCAUGCUGACAGUAUCGACAAUGUUAUUGAUGCAUGGGUGAAGCCUUUGGCCCCUACUCCUCGGGCAAGCUCAUCUAGCCAGGCGGAUGCGCCAUCGCGUUCGGAUCCGCCGAUGGAUACCUCCCAGGAGGCCCCUCAGGAGGCCUCUCGGAGUAAUUUGAACACCCCCGUCGAAGCCCCGCUACCUCUUCAAAAUACCCAGCCCCCGAUCCAAGAUCAAACAGCAAGUCCACAUACAAUGCCUCCAGCGGAACCUCAAGGGGCCAUCCCGGCAACCAGAGCUGUAGAUCCAUAUGAAGACCUUGAUCCGUGGUUCAAGUCCUCCCUCACACGCUAUGUCGCUACUCUGCGCAAAGAGGCAGUUGCUGACUCGGAUGAAGAACGCUAUAAGAUAUUCACGGCGUUCACGGCGAAGGAAACCAAGCUCCGCGAGAUUCUCUACAAUAUUGAACCGGAGCCACAACAAUCCGAGCCAUCCCCCCGUGUCUCCGCGCCGUCACGGCGAUUGUCAUCACUCUCAGAGGACCGUACUUCGACCUAUGACACCGUUACAGACGAAGGUAACGAUAUGGAUGAUGUGGGAAGUGAGUAUAGCGCCGGAGGGCGCCCUAUUUCCGCCAAGCGAGCACGCCGAGGCUCCCAAUGGACGCCAAAGCUUUCCAGUCUAGGUCCUGAGGAGAACCCUACGACUCGCCUUUCCAAGAGUUCUCUGGCCCAGCUGUCUGAGGAGAACGCGCAGACACAUGACCUAGCACCUCUGACGAUAAACCCUCCGCGGCCUAUUUACACCCCUUUUCGGUAUACCGAGGGUCCUCAGCGCGGCUCGGAUAAGCUUUCCUUCGGCCGUCCCGCCUACCAGGCCUACUCUGAUCUACGAGCAUCUGCUGUAAACGGUCGAAUUAUGUCAAAUGCCCCAGCACCCACAAGUCGCUCUCGGUCGGCCACCUUAACUUCUCCAGCUCAGAACGAGCAUGAUGAAACUUUCAUUGGGAUGAUUCGUCACAAGAGCUCUGCCUACUUAGAAACAGCAGCUAAUCGAAAGUCUAUGCCGUCUGCCUUAUUGCCAGAAGGUCUCCGCCAGGGACAAGGGAAGCCAAACGUUGUCGAAGAAUUGCGUGCCAUGGUUUGGACGCCACUUGACAAACACUCCGAAAGUUCAUGGCAUGUCACUAUCCGAGAGGGCCUCGUCAAAUUACCCAAUGAUUUCUCGUAUAUCCAACAGACCAUCGAUGAGUGGGAAAAUACUGCAAAGACCCGGAAACAGAGUCUCGAGCAGGAACGCACAGUCCGCCAAGAAGAGUCCGAGGAGCAGAUUGACAAGCUUUUCAAUGAAAAGGAGAUCGGUUAUGCGGACAUCAAUACAUUAGAAGAGGACUUCAGACAAACAGAGGCUCGCGUUCAGCUGGACGAAGAACGACAAGAAGUGGAGGACUUCGUUUCCCAGGUCUUCAAUCCGCUAGAUGAGCGACUUAAGGAAGAGAUUUCUACUCUUCGCAAGUCCUAUGACUCCGCGCUCCAGCAAUUGGAACGGGAUCAGAAGGGCAAGAGCUUGCCCGUUGAGCAGUGUAGCCCAUCCGUGACGAUGAAGAUGGUCAAUGAGACCCACAGCAAAUUGGAACUUCGAUUCCAGAAGCGACUCGAGAUUGCUCUAGACUGCGAGCGCCGCCGUAAGAAGGCCGAGCGCCGUCCGCUAGUUUUCAUGGGCGACAUGGCCAGUCUCCGCAAACUGGACGGAGAUUUCGAUCGAAUGGAGAAGCGUAACAUUCUGGAAGCUGCCAAGGACCGCGACGACCGUGCCAACCGACUGAUGGACUCCUUCGAUGAUGCAAUUUUACACGGCUUAGGUAUGAAUCAGAGUUUACUGGACGAGCUUGUAUCGAAAGUCGCCCGGCUGGAAUUCACGACCCUCCGCGCAUCCGGCGUACCGGAUUCUGAAGUUGAACAGAUCCUCAAGGCCGCGGCGACCUUCGCCGCCUCGCUUUGCGCCGACUCCGAGGCCAUCCUGCGCUGCUCAGGAAUUGCCGACAUGGCUCUCAACGAUGCCGAUUACAACGUCUCCUUUUUCGGCCGACUGGAGGAUGAGAAGAAGAAGGAAGAUGCGAUCUUAGAGACCGAACUGAACUCGAAAUUGCAAAGCAUCAAGAAGUCACCAGCGGAGAUUGAAGCGGACGUUCAGCGCCUCCUCCAGGAGUUGGCCGAUGCCCCUCCUGCCUCGCCCCCUGCUUCCCCUCCUGCUGCGUUGUCUCCAAGAUUUGUGCCGGCCAGUCAGUUUAUUGAUGUCCCACCCCAUUGGAACUUCGCCCUGUUGCUCGCCGAUCACGACGUCUUUGCGCAAACGUCGAUGAUCUCGCCCUCAACUGCCCCGCAAGCCUCUGAAUGGGAUUGGGCGAUGAUAAAAGCCCACUCCAUCACCUUCCUAGUCCAGAAGGAAGUCAAAAGGGCUAAGAAAAAGAAAUGA